AUGCAGCCCAAAGAAAAAGUCGACGUGCUCAUCUGCGGUAGUGGAUCUGCUGGUCUUUGCGCGGCCACUUGGCUUGCCCGUUACGGUGUGCGCUGUAAGGUGUUAGAGCGCCGUGAUGGCCCCAUGGUGAUGGGCCAAGCGGACGGAGUGCAGUGUCGCACCGUCGAGAUCUUUGAGAGCUUUGGAAUCGGCGAGGAACUUCUUCGUGAGGCAUUCCAUGUUCUCGAGGUCAACUUCUGGGCCGACGAUGGUAAUGGAGCUAUCAAGCGGACUGGACGCACCGCGGAUACUCAACCAGGACUAUCGCAUCAGCCUCAUGUCAUUCUCAACCAGGCCCGCAUCAAUGGACUUUUGAUUGAGUUGAUGCAUAAAUAUAAUGGCCAGGAGAUUGACUAUGGGUACAAUGUUAACUCCGUCCAGGUCGAUAGUGCCUCUGCAGCAGAUCCUGAGUCCUACCCGGUGACCGUGACUGCCGACAAAAAUGGGAAGACCGAGACUUUCGCGGCGAAGUAUGUAUUGGCCUGCGAUGGUGCCCAUAGUACCGUGCGCAAAGCUCUGGGUUACAAGAUGAUUGGAGACAGCAGCGAUGCCAUCUGGGGUGUGAUGGAUAUGAUUCCACAAACCAACUUCCCUGACUUCCGGAAAAAAUCAACCAUUCGAUCCAAAGCCGGAAAUAUCAUGAUCAUUCCCCGAGAGGGUGACAACAACAACCUCACUCGAUUUUAUAUCGAACUAGCCCCGGGAACGAACCCGAAGGAUGUCACACUGGAGAACCUGCAGCGCAAGGCCCAGAGCGUCUUUCAACCUUACCAAGUGCAGUUCACCGAGACCGUUUGGUGGUCGGCAUAUGCUAUUGGUCAGCGCCAUGCAGACCUUUUCCACAAAGACCACCGCGUCUUUCUGGCGGGUGAUGCGUGCCACACCCACUCGCCCAAGGCCGGCCAGGGCAUGAAUGUCAGCCUGCAGGAUGGGUACAACAUUGGCUGGAAGCUCGGAGAGGUCUUGACAGGCCUUGCUGAUCCAUCACUAUUGGAGACAUACGUCCUGGAGCGGCAAAAGGUUGCUCUCGAUCUCAUCAAUUUCGAUCGAUACUUCUCCAAACUGUUUUCCUCCGGCGCCAAAACCACACCCGCCGAGUUUCAAAAGGGUUUUAUUGAGUCUGGUAAAUAUACCGCUGGAAUGACCACUAAGUACGAUAUUUCUUCAAUCACAUCUUCCCUGGCAUCGACAGAGCUUGCCUCGAAUGUCGUCGUCGGCAUGCGGUUGCCCAGCGCACAAGUCGUGCGAUUCUGCGACUCCAAGCCUCUGCAGCUCAUGACAUCGCUCAAAUCAGAUGGCAGAUGGCGUAUCAUGGCUUUCACAGGCGAUAUUUCUAUCCCAGAGAACCGCACAAGAUUGAACACGCUCGGAGAAUAUCUUUCUUCUCCAGAUGGACCUAUUCGCACCUUUACACCACGCUCGCAUGAUCUCGACAGUCUUAUUGACAAUAUCGUAAUCGGCCACGGUAGACGAUACGAUGUCGAGCUCGAGCAAAUCCCAGAGUGUUUCUACCCAAUGACUGGCAAGAAUCAAACGCGGGAUUUGCACAAGAUCUACUACGAUGACGAGAGCCACAAUCAAGGGCACGGUCAUGCAUAUGAAGUCCUAGGCAUUGACCCGAAACAGGGGGCUCUAAUAAUUGUCCGCCCCGACCAAUACGUGUCUGCCGUGAUGGAUUUGACCGACUAUGCCGAGAUUGGCACUUUCUUCAAUGGAUUUCUCCGGCGUCAAACGUAG